AUGCUACAAGACCAACUUAAUAGGCUAGACAACUUUGGGUUUAAGUAUGAAACUGCUUUGAGCCGCAUUAACAUUCUUGAAAAGGAUUUAUGUGGGGCCAAUCAACAGAUCAACAGCCUCAAAACAGGCAUACAGUUGAAUUUGGGCUUGGAGACACAAAACCAAUUCAAUGAACUAGAUUGUGGGGUACCACAUAGUGCAAAUAUUAACUCACCAAGUAAUACCGGCCUGGUUAGAUGUAGCAACAAAAAACUAAAAAAAUAUAUAAAAAAUAAUAAGUUUAUAAGUAGAACACAAAGGUUAUUAAAAAAACAAAAAAAGUUAGUAUCCAACAUAAAGUUAAAGCAGGAAAAUAUUGAACUCCGAGGUAAUAUUGAGUUGUAUGAAAUAGAAUUUAAUAAUUUAAGUUUAAAAUAUGAUAUAGAAACGCAACAACUACACAAGGAGAUAGGGAGAUUGGAGAACCUAACAGACUCUUUAAUAGAUAAAUUUCAGGAGUCUCAAGAGAUGGUUGAGAAGUACUCAUCUGCUAUGGAUGAUCUCCUCAAGAUCUCCAAACUAACAGCAGAGUGUUACAUGUCAAAAAACAUGAAUUCUUUUGAUACCUCACAAAAAAAUCUAGUCCAUUUCCUAAGGCUCAUAGAUUAG